AACAUAAUUAUUCAUUUUCAUAUCAGCAAACAACUAUUAUCUCUUCUAAACUUUCCUCUUCUCUGUUCUGUUCUGUUCUUCUGCUUCCAUUUUCCCUCUCUAAUUUCACUUCACUCCGAUUCAAUUCAACCCAAAUUCUCGCGCAUUUUCAUCAAUCUCUUUUGCAUCUCGAUUCCUCCACUUUCCGUCUUUCAUUUUCCCACGAGAGUUAAACGGUAUGCAUCCUGCGUUGAGCUUCCCCAAAUCAACGAGCUAGGGUUUCCGCCGGGAUAUCGAUUCUCGCCGGGAUUCUGUCGAAGUGACAUAAUCGCCGGCAACAAUGGCUACCAACUUGCAGAUGAACCCUGAGGUGGAGCAGAUCCACGGCCAAAUCCGCGAUCACUUUCGAGCUCUCGCAAAUGGCUUCCAGAAGCUGGACAAGAUUAAAGAUUCCAAUAGACAAAGUAAUCAGCUGGAAGAGCUCACGGGGAAGAUGAGAGAGUGCAAAGGUUUGAUAAAAGAAUUUGAUCGUGAAAUUAAAGAUGAAGAGGGCAGAAAUACCCCAGAAGUGAACAAGCAACUAAAUGAUGAAAAGCAAUCAAUGAUCAAGGAACUAAACUCCUAUGUUGCAUUGAGAAAAACGUACAUGAGUACCCUUGGUAAUAAAAAAGCUGAGCUUUUUGACACGGGAGCAGGACCAAGUGAACCCAUGGCUGAAGAAAAUGUUCAAUUGGCAUCAAAAAUGUCAAAUCAAGAACUUAUCAAUACUGGGAUAAAUACAAUGGAUGAAACUGAUCAGGCUAUAGAAAGAUCUAAGCAGGUUGUACAUCAAACAAUUGAAGUAGGUACCCAAACUGCCACCACCUUGAAAGGCCAAACUGACCAGAUGGGCCGCAUUGUUAACGAGCUUGAUUCAAUUCAGUUCUCAAUUAAGAAAGCCUCCCAGCUUGUGAAGGAGAUCGGAAGAAAGGUAGCCACCGAUAAGUGCAUCAUGCUUUUUCUGUUCCUUAUCGUGUGCGGUGUAAUUGCCAUCAUUGUUGUAAAGAUUGUGAAUCCACACAACAAAGAUAUUAGAGAUAUCCCAGGAUUGGCGCCUCCUGUUCCAACUAGGAGGCUUUUGUAUGUAAGGACUGGAUAACAUCUUGAUUAAUUCUUUUAUCUUACAUGUUUUUUCCAUCCCCAUCCAACCAGGAGUCUUGGUAUCUUGGAUGAUAUGAAAGUUUAAGUAAUGCUUUAUGGGGGCAUCUUUUGGAAAUCAUCAAUCAAUUUUAAAUUAAUUUUUUUUCAUGCCUGAGCUGUGUAUAUCUCUGUUUGUGGUUUUAUGUAGUCUUUUCCUUUUUUUAGUACCGAGUUGCUCUGUAAUAUUUUAAACAAAAUAUUGUAGGCCUAGAAUGAAUAUAAUGAUGUUAUCGGACCUAUGGUUUACAUGUCCCAUUCAAGUGAGGCAUUUCCCGCCCUUUUUUA